GUCCUAAAGCCCUUCAUUAGCUUUCUGGCAACUAAUUUAUGUCAAAGUUGAUUAUGCUAAUUAUUGGUCGCCUUGUGAACAACAAACGCCCAGCUCAUUUAUUUCUGUAUCAAAAUGGGGUGCUUGUUUUCAAAACCAAAUGUUGAAGGAAAGGAGGAACAAAAUGAACAAGAAUUUAGUUGGGACAAGAGAAAAAGCGUAGACCCAAAUGACUUCAUUAUUGAUAAGAGGAAUGGGGAAACAAUUGUGAAAUUGCCUGGUACAGUCGAUGGGCAGCAGUUUAUGAUAAUGAAUUGUGAGAGUUCUAAUAUUUAUAUUUUUAAUCAUCUCAACACAAUUACUGUUGACAAAUGCACAAACUGCAAAAUAUUCUUAGGACCCGUCAAGGGCAGUGUAUUUUUGAGGAACUGUGAGAACUGCCAAUGUGUGAUAGCCUGUCAGCAGUUUCGCACAAGAGACUGCAAAAAGGUUGACACAUUCCUGCAUUGCGAAACACAGCCUAUAAUAGAAUCCUCAACCAGAAUGCGGUUUGGCUGUUUCCAGUACUAUUAUGAGCAACUUGCAGCUCAAUUCCGAGGAGCCGGUAUAAGUCCAUUCAAUACGAAUUGGAGCAAUAUUCAUGAUUUCACACCUGUUCCAGAAGAACAAAAUUGGUCAUUAUUACCCCAGGAUGCUAAGGUGAUGGACUAUGUGCCAAUUCCAGCAGUGGAAGAUGUGAAGUCAAUGGACAUAUCCAUGGAUCAUGCUAAGAGCACUGUACCAAUUAGUACAGGAUCACAGAACAAGACAGGCACAGAGGAAUGUCUUGUAGCAUUCUUCAGGUGUGAUGAUAUUGAUGCUACAGUUCUCCAAUUCCUCGAUGAAGCCAGACAAGAGCCAUCAUUUGACCUUAUUCAGACAAAGGAAGUGACCAUUCAGCCAUCAGAAGUUGCUACCUUAUUCGGACAAAAUCCUAAAUAUGAGGAUGCUUGUAAAAAAGGACAAGUUAUUGGUGUUGAAUUCUGUGGCGAAAACACAGUUCAAAAUGUCCGCAAACUUGCCGAGUCAUACUCAAACAAAGCAGUCAUCUUCGUGUCCAGUAACACUGAAAACUCUUCAACAGAUGUGGAGAACUUCUUUAAUUUUGCUGACAUUCAAAUGUCUGUCUGAAGUUGCUGCCGUCUAAAUUGACCGGAAUUUUCUCAUUUGAAGUGGCCGAGAAUUUGAAAACACAUCUUAAGUGAAAUGGCCAGCUGGUCAUUAGUCUCUUAUGUGACUGAAGCUUCAUGGUCAUCUGAAGCGAUUGGCUCUUUGCCACCAUCUAAUGCAGCUGCCAUCAUUGAAAAAUUUGCUGAUAUUAUAUUAUAUGGCAAUCUGAGAUAGCUCGCCAUUUAUUAUCACCUUGUUAAUUGUACAGUAAGUGUAGUGGUUUUGCCGAUGUGUUAAGUUAGUCAUUGAAUUUAUGAAAUUGUAUAUUAAUUGAUAUCCGUCAAAGUUUAGGGUUCUGUACAGUCAGUAUUUAUUUCUGAGGAUUUUAAUAUUUUCCGAUGGUUUUGAAUGCACGUUUUAAGUUGUAUUUCAGACUUUUUCUAAUGCUGUGUUUUAAGAUUUUAUUAGUAUAUUGCUAGGCCUCCAAAAGGCUGAAGAUGUUUGUUGCCUCAUAUAUUUACUUUCUUCUUAGUGGCCCUACAAGUGUCUGGCCACAUUGCUUCUGUCUUUUGGCAAAGCACUUACUCUACACAUGUCUCUUUCAAUGGAAUCAUGUUCUGUAUAGAAAUAUUUAAUACCAAAGAUACUAGAAACACAAGAUAGAAAUCUCCACAGAAGAAAAAUGUAUCACCAAAUUGCAUCGUGGUAAACUAUACUAACGUAAGUUUGUUUAUAUCCAGUCGCACACAGCGCCUCAUUAAAUGAGGCAGUGCAUAUGCCUGGAUGUGGUCUGGGUAUGAACUUACGCAAAUUGCCAUUAGUGGACACAGAUGGGCGCUGCAUACGUCUAGAUCUGGUCUGGAUCUGUGUAAAUGAUAUGACGUAUAUCCGCUUGACUUUUGCUAUGCGAGAGUUGUAUCUCGUGUUUUUAGUAUCUUUGUUAAUACUGUACUUGUUAUGUCGCUGCUUACUGUAUAUGAAUGAAUGUUAUUGUAUCCAGAGACCAGUGGUAAUAAUAUGCCAAUUUCAAAUAUAUGGUGCCAUACAAAAUCUUUUAUUGGUAUUGCUACAUAAUUAUUAUCAUUAUUGUUAUUAAGUUUUUAGAAUACAGUAUUAGAAUUGUGGAUUUGAUUUGAUUAUUCUUAAAAUAAUGUUUUACUUUAUUUGUAAAAGCUAUGUUCAUUGAGGAUGGUAAUACCACCAGUAAAAAUUGUUGUUUAUUAAUUUACAGUUUGUAUUACACUUAUUUUUUUUUCUUUUUCUUUUUGUUUCCUUCACAUCCAACAGUAAGUAGGUAGUGGUUUUGGUUGUGAGAAAAAUUCCUGCUCUGACAGGAAUUGAACCACCAACCUUUUUAACCAAAGAAUUUUUGUUGUUGUUCAGUAGUAGUUCCUUUAAUACGUUAAUAAUUUAUAAGACUGUUAGAACAUUAUUGACAUAAUAAUAAGUGACGUUUAUAAAUAGCAUCUUAUGUCAGUCAACCAGCCCCAGAGCGCAUAGAAAUCAAUCAUAAUUAUACAAUAUGUAAUUUACAAAAAAGGUCAUUAAAUAUAGUACUUGCAAAGAAAACAUUGUAAAUAUAAUGAAAGCAUGAUUUAUCAUAGUUCAAUAUUCUUCUAUUUAUGCAGAUAUUUUUAAUAUUAAUAUAUGUAAUAUUAACAAUAUUAAAUAAUAUGGUGAGCCGUACGUCACAAAAGCUUGUGACAAUACAAUUUUCAACUAGUCUAUAAAGUGCUACCAUUUUCUUAUUGUUUGAUUAACAAUAUUGUCAUUAAUAUUAAUGACAUUAAUAUUAAGGUCAGCGACGUGGGCGCACAUGAAUAUGGAAUAAUAUUCAAAUUUAUCUUGUCAGUUCAAUAAGUGUAUGCAGCUUGUAAAGUAUUCAACUUAUCAAUGGUGAUUGGUAUUGAUUAUAGUGAAGUGCUAUUUUUUAUCAUUAUUAUUAUUAUUAUUAUUAUUAUUAUUAUUAUUAUUGUUAUUAUUAUUAUUAUCAUCUCUGACACAUACACAACAAUGACCUAGCCUAUUAAAGUACACACAUUAAGUAGAAAAAAUAUAGAUGAUGUAUUAAAAUGGUCAGUUGUUGAUGAUAAUGUUUUAAAUAGGAUCCUCGAAAGUGUCUUUCAAAUUUGCUUAACACAAGGUUUUGUACAUUUCCCCUCCUUUCCCUAUAAUACCAAUGGUUGUUUUUUUCUGUCAGCUUUGUUUAAGAGAUACCGUCUGUCAUGAGCUAUAAAAAAAAUGCAAAUUCACUUCCAUAUUUACAUUGCUUAAUUUCUAUUUUGAAGUGAAGUUAUUAAUUUACAAUUACAAAUUUAGAUGAGAAAAAAACCGUUCUAUGACAAUGAAAACUAAAUAAAAGCUUUCCGGUAUUCUUUUACAUAUGAAUUGACUGGUAUAAUCUGGGAUAGUUGUAGUAUAAUGUCUGUAAUUAUAUCAAUGAAAAAUAUAUUUCUUUGUUAAUCUGUUCCUGGAUUCAACAUUUUUAUUGCACAUUUGAGUUGUCUAACUUUUAUUUUAUAUUUUUUGGCAGGCAAUUUAUCUUUAUACUUUUUAAUUGUGUAAAAUAUUUCAGUAUGGCUCAACAACCACUUGAUAAAAAAAAAUGUAUUUAAAAAUUGUGUAAUUCUAUAUAAAUUGAUGUACUUUCAAUUUUGUAAAUGAAUGUAUCAUUGUUACUCAAUAAAUGUUUAAAUCCUUGAU